UCAUUCUGGCACCGCACUUCGGGAGCUGGCUGUAAAUUUAUCACCAAGUUGUGGGUAGCAGAUUUUCCUCACACUAAUUACAGUUAGCGAUGACUGAUGGUAGGAUGCUCUGCCAUUGGUGUAUGACUAAUUGAGACCGUGCCGUUCUGAGCUGUGAAGCUUCCAGCCCCAGGCGCUGUUGUGUUGUGGACGGUUAGAAGGGGCACGUGCUGAGAGCGGCCGUUGGGUUGUUUAAAAAAAGUUUAAAGUUGGAGAGCGUCUCAUCUGAGCGGAGAAUGCCCAAAAUUAAACUCGGGAGGAAACAUGGGAGAUGCCGAGAGACCCCAGGGCACAGUCAAGGUAUAAUGUUCAACACUGGAAUUGGUCAGCACAUUCUGAAGAAUCCUUUGAUUGUGAAUAGCAUCAUUGAAAAGGCUGCUAUUAGACCAACAGAUGUCAUAUUGGAAGUUGGACCUGGUACUGGAAACAUGACUGUGAAACUUCUGGAAAAGGCUAAAAAGGUAAUUGCUUGUGAACUUGAUACCAGACUCGUUGCUGAAUUACAGAAGAGAGUUCAAGGAACACCUACAGCAAAUAAACUUCAAAUGAUGGUUGGAGAUGUGCUGAAGACAGACUUGCCAUUUUUUGAUGCAUGCGUAGCAAACUUGCCAUAUCAGAUCUCAUCUCCAUUUGUUUUUAAACUCCUGCUGCACAGACCAUUCUUCAGAUGUGCAGUGUUGAUGUUCCAACAAGAAUUUGCUCUUCGGCUUGUUGCAAAGCCAGGGGAUAAACUAUACUGCAGGCUCUCAAUCAAUACGCAGUUAUUGGCACGUGUAGAUCACCUGAUGAAGGUUGGAAAAAACAACUUUAGACCACCUCCAAAAGUUGAAUCAAGUGUGGUUAGGAUAGAACCAAAGAAUCCACCACCUCCAGUGAACUUUCAGGAAUGGGAUGGUCUGGUCCGGAUAGCAUUUGUGAGAAAAAACAAGACUCUAGCUUCAGCUUUUAAAUCCAAUGCAGUUGAACGAUUGCUGGAAAAAAAUUACAGAAUACACUGUUCUUUGCAUAAUAUUCAAUUACCAGAAAACUUCAGCAUUACAGAAAAGAUCCAGAAAAUCCUGAAAGAAACAGAUUUUAAUGAAAAACGAGCUCGCACAAUGGACAUAGAUGAUUUCAUGAGGUUACUUCAUGGUUUCAAUUCACAAGGAAUCCACUUCUCAUGAGAGAAUUGCUUCAGCAAAUUGAUUGUAGAUAAGGUCUAAUGUAAAUAAGAGGACAGACUUUACAAAUCCUAUUGGAAUGAUUUUGUGAUAUUGAGAAUGAUGUUACAAUCAUGUGGAAUAAGUUUUUAGUCUGGAUUAGAGUUGAAACAGAUGCAUUGUGGUUCUGCUCACUUACGAUUAUUGUAAGUUCACGUGAUUGGUUCCCAAAUGAGCAUAUGAUAUUUCUGAAAAUGUACAGCUCAAAACAGCAGAAAAAGUAUAACUCUUGAAUAAAACUUUAACAAGUUACUUCCAUGAUAAACAAUUUAUUAUGAAUUCUGAAUUUUAGAUUGAUUUUUAGCAUAACUUUCAGUAUACUUAUUGAACCGAUGAAUAGGACCAGAAUAUAAAGUGGGAAUUAAACAUAUCUAGGAAAUGUCAAAUAUUGGAAAUGAACAAGGUUUUGGCUCUCUUCCGAUUCUUCUCCGAAAAGCAUGGAUUGAUCUUUGGAAAAUACAAAAUGCUGUCAGACCUGUAUACCAAUGUCUUUCCAAGUUUAUUUGCAUUGCAAUAAAUAUUUGGCAGCAUUAUAGCUUCAGUUGUUUAGGAACAAUAAAAUGCAUCAGAAAAGGCAGCAAUAACUAAGAUCAAAUGUAUGCAUUCGCUCACAUCAUCAGUCUCAGUCACAUUAUCCCAGAUGGCAGCAGAGUACAACCGACUUAAGAGCUGUAGGCAUGGCCUUGACCAAAGUGUGCAAAACCUCCUCAACUCUGCUUACAACAGUCUUGAUGAUGUAGAUCCAUCAAUUUUGUGUUCAAUAAACAGAAUGACUGCAGCAACAGUA